AUGUUAGCCUUUCCCACAUCGUGGCUUCUUCGAAGGCAUGGAAUUUAUCUAUCAAUCUUUCUGUUCAUUUUGUUCGUGUUCGGUCUCAGCCACUUUGUCAACAGAUCGCGACAUGCUUUCUCUCUAGACGUGUCGUCAUACUUUCUCGAUGAACAGCAACGCUAUUAUUCAUGGACGACUAGGCCCUUUUUCCCGCCGCUUGAGAAUUCGGGAGGCGGCAACCUGACAGCGCCUGAAUUAUGCGCAGGUUUUCCCACUCACCUUUUAGAUCGCAUCCAAGUCAUUCUUAAAACAGGUACUAGCGAGCCUGAGAAGAACAAAGCUCAUCUUGCCUCCGUUACCUCUUGCAUAACCAACCUCAUCAUUUUUUCCGAUUACGAAGAGAUCGUUAGUCAGCAUCAUUUCAUUGAUGUUCUAGAAGAUCUCCCGCCGACCUAUGCCAUUAAAAAUCCAGACUUUGCGGCUUACGAUGCGCAAAAGUUGGCCCAUUCACAGAAUGGUUCCGUUAGGUAUUCGCAGGAAGGUUGGCGACUCGACCGGUUCAAGUUUUUGCCCAUGGUUGAGAAGGCGUAUGAGAUGCGCCCGAACGCCGAUUGGUACGUCUUUAUCGAAGCCGAUACUUAUUACUUCUGGGACACAUUGUUCCGCAUGCUCGAUAAGCUCGACCCAUCUAUGAUGCAUUACAUGGGUUCACCGGUUCCGGGAGCCAGAGGUCGAUAUUUCGCGUAUGGCGGCGCAGGUUUUGUGCUGUCGAGUGGCGUAAUGAAGCGCUUGAACGAAGGCUCCACCAGUGAAUCUCGCCUUAGUGUUCAGUUCCAAGACAUGGCAAAGAAGGACUGCUGUGGCGAUGCAGUGCUUGCUUAUGCAAUAAAGGAUAAAAUCGACGUGAAACUAGAAGGGCUUUAUCCUACAUUUUCAGGUGACGAGCUCGGGGCCCUUAAAGUGAACAAAGAGAGGUGGUGUAUACCACUACUUGCACUUCAUAGAAUGUCGCCAGAGGAGCUAAUGGCGCUGUGGAAAUGGGAGCGAACGCGACCAUACAAUGAGGAACCUUUUCUCCACUCCAGCCUCCUUGCAUAUACUCAUUCCCAUCUACGCGAUGGAUCUACCCGAAGCUUCUGGGACAACUACUCGGACCUUCCUCAACCAAAACGCUCCCAUUCUCAUGAUUCCGUUGCAGCGUGCAGUGCUGCCUGUGUGGCGGACCCAGAUUGCUUGCAGUUCUCCUAUACAUCCAAAACGUGCCGGUUCGGGAACUGGAUACAGAUGGGGAAGCCGACGCCUGAAAGCGAGGAUUUCAUAUCCGGUUGGGAUAUCAUAAAGAUGUCAGACCUAGGGUUCAGGAUAGACAUGGAGUUCAGUGACUCAUGCACGCAGGCGUCUUGGCUUCAGCCAACCGUUCAUUAA